UAUAAUAGCUCUCACUCUUCUCUGAUUUUCUUCUGUUGAAUCAAGGUCUCUGGAAAUUUCAUCAUCUUCAGUCUUACUCCUAUCCCUAUUUUCUCGUUGGGUUGCACAAAUUGUUUACUGAUGACGAGCGAUCGAUUUUGGCGCGGCGGUGACCGCGUUGAGGUGGAACGACUAGUUUCUGGCGCGACGGCAUAUUUUCCGGCGAGUGUUGUUAGCGCGCCUUCGGUGAGAAAGAAACUCGUUUGGGUGGAGCAUGAAUCCCUAACUGUUGGAGGUUCCGUUUCCGUACGUAUGAAGGAGUACGUCACUCCCACGCGCCUCCGUCCAUCUCCACCGCGUGAACUCAACAGACGGUUCAAAGCUGACGAUGAGGUCGAUGUCUUCAGAGAUAGCGAAGGUUGCUGGGUUAGAGGCAAUGUUACGACCGUACUUGAAGAUUCAAGGUACAUUGUGGAGUUUAAAGGGGAAAAUCGUCCAGAAAUAGAGGUUGAUCAGUUCAAUUUGAGGCUUCAUCGUGAAUGGCUAGAUGGUGGGUGGGUUCCUUCUCUUCUCCAACAGAGCAAUUUCUCGGAAUCGACAGCCCAAAGAAUUAAACUGAAGAUAAAAAUCAAGAGAAGAGAUCAAUAUGAGAAGGGAGCUCUUGUCGAAGUCAGAAGUGAAGAAAAAGCUUACAAGGGUUCUUGGUAUUGUGCUCGUAUACUUUGUUUAUUAGGUGAUGAUAAGUACAUUGUUGAACACUUGAAAUUUAGUAGAGAUGAUGGUGAGUCGAUCCCUCUGAGAGAUGUGGUAGAAGCCAAGGACAUAAGACCAGUUCCUCCUUCAGAACUCUCGCCUGUUGUGUGCUAUGAACCAGGGGUUAUAGUUGAUGCUUGGUUCAACAAACGGUGGUGGACCAGUAGGGUUUCCAAAGUCCUAGGAGGAGGUUCUAAUAAGUAUUCAGUUUUUAUCAUCUCAACUGGUGAAGAAACGACAAUCUUAAAUUUCAACUUAAGGCCCCACAAAGAUUGGAUCAAUGGACAAUGGGUCAUUCCUUCCAAGGUAUUGACUGAUGUGCCGGAAGAAUGUUACAAACCUCCAUUGAAGAAGCUGAAAUCUUGUGAGAGAGCAGAGAAGGUGUUUAACAAUGGAAUGGAGGUGGAAGUUAGAAGCGACGAACCAGGUUACGAAGCCUCAUGGUUCUCUGCAAAGAUCGUAAGUUACUUGGGCGAAAACAGAUACACAGUGGAGUAUCAAACACUAAAAACAGACGAUGAAAGAGAGUUGUUGAAGGAAGAAGCAAGAGGUUCAGAUAUAAGACCUCCUCCUCCUCCACUGAUUCCAAAGGGGUAUCGAUAUGAAUUGUAUGAACUUGUGGAUGCUUGGUACAAUGAAGGAUGGUGGUCUGGUCGAGUAUAUAAGAUAAACAACAACAAAACGAGAUAUGGUGUCUACUUCCAAACGACUGAUGAGAGUUUGGAGUUUGCUUACAAUGACCUUAGGCCUUGCCAAGUGUGGAGAAACGGAAAAUGGAGUCGUGUAUAAGGAUGAGAAGAAGUUGGCUAACGGUUACAACUAUUAAUGAAGAGGAUAAGGAAAAUGACUUGUUUAUAGUACAUUUUUUGUUUAUGAACAUAUGUUUGAAGUUGAUGAUGUCGUUAAUUGUCUGCGUAUAAUAUAAUAUUUAACUUC